UUGCGCCCAGGGUCCUGCCUCCCGCCCCGCGCCCUCUUAAGCCCCUCCUCCCCUCCCCAGGGAGUGUCUCGAGGAUUUGGGGCUAGGGAAAGGAGGGGGAUGAAGCCGGCAGUGACGGCAGUGAGGCAGAUCUAGCUCACCGCGACUAGGAACGCUUACGGAGGGAGGGUGCGCAGACUCCCGCGCCCCAGACCCCUGCCGGGCUUGCGGACGCUCAUUGGCCGAGCAUCGUUCACACACUUUCGCGCCCUCCACGGGGAGGCUAGAGCGCGACCAGUAGGCUUCCGCAGUAAGAGACCUGCCGUCCAAUGAGAGCAAAGGGACUCGGGACCUCUCGUUCAUUGGCCAGAAGGGCAGAGACCACUUGCCCAGAGACCAUUUUUGCCCCGAAGGCGGAAUUCCUGGCUGGAGGCAAAGAUCACCCCAAAGUCGCAAGUUCCUGUGAGUGACUGGUGACUGACAGCGGAAUUUGGGACGAACUCUUUUAUUCGGUAGUUCUGCUGAGAUUUCUGGGAGCCAGCAUUUGACAUCCUUGGAAGCCCCAGCAAACACCUAGUCAGUUUCUGCUGCCACAACUCCGGAUCCGUGCAGUCCUGAGGUCCCAUUAACUUUCUCUCCGGCGCUCUCUGAACUCAAAGCCAGGCCCGCUUCCGGGGUGUCCAAAGAAGCGAAGACGCAGAGACGGCGGUGGAAAGAGGCGGGUGGAGGCAGAGGCAGAGGCUGUUAGAAGCCGGGCGGAUAUAAAAGAGGAAGGAACCCAGCAGUGGGCGGAGCAGCGGGUCGCGAAAGGCGGGAAAAGUUCUAGAACCUCAGCCCUGCCUCCCGCGGGUACAGCCCGCCGAGCUAUCCCUGGCGCCCCUCCCCGGCGGGCUUCCAGCCGAAGCUCCUAGGCCUUGGUUUCCUCCAAUAAGCACCGAUCACGGAAGGGCGCUGGAUUCGAGUGCCGAAGGCCUGCGGAGGGGCAGGAAAGCGGAAGCGCACGCGCGCCUGCAGGUUCUCUGCAGUUUAAGAAUUGUGAAGAAACAUAGAAGGAAAAAUACCCCUUUAAACAAACAGACAAACAAAACCAACAGACGAGCAGCAACGAAACUUCCUGACUCUUCCCAGCUCCGAAGACACAACUCUUGAACCUUUGGGAAACUAGUGUUUUGGCUGAACUGUCGAUUCAUCUUUAAGCCACCAUGAGCCCUACAAAGCGCAGAUCACAGAAGAUUGCAUUUGAUGAAAAGCGUAAUAUGAAAAUUGAUCACUAUUUUCAUCAGGUCAAUAAAGGACAAGAGAGUCAUUCCAGUAUUUCUCCAAUGAAGAGGGGCUCUAAAAAAGGUCCAAAAGAUAUAACUAACAUCCAGGCACUAGGACCCAAAGACCAGACUGUGCCCCCCAACAAGACAAUUUACAUUACCUUGGCUGUAAACCCCAGGAAACACAAGCUCACACAUAGUGAAGAGAAGAGCUUCUAUGCGGCCCUCAACACUCUGAAGGCUGUCAAGGAGGAGAUAGAAACUCAGCAGGGCAAAGAAAUGCUGGCGGUUGGCAAAGAAGGAAUUGAAGGGUACAUAAAUCUUGGAAUGCCCCUCAGUUGUUUCCCCGAGAGCUGCCAUGUACAAAUCACAUUUGUCCGAAGUAGAAGUAAGCAGAAAGAAGGGAACCAGGUAUUUGGCCGGCAUGAAAAGGCAUCCGCUGACUGUGUCAAAUUUUAUAUUCACGCAAUCGGGAAGAGAAAGAAAAGGAUCGUCAAACGCAGGCAGCUUCACAAAGAAGGGUGCAAACUCUGCGUCUAUGCUUUCAGAGGAGAAACCAUCAAGGAUGCUCUGUGCAAGGACGGCAGGUUUCUCUCCUUUCUGGAGAAAGAGGAUUGGAGGCUCAUCAGAAACCUGGACUCCAUUCUAGAAAGCACACAGACCGUGGACGACCUGGAAGGCAAGCUCUUUGAGGUUGAGGUAGAGAAAGGAAUGAGCUCCAGGGCAGUAGCCGCUCAAAAGUCGGAAUCAGAGAAAGGAAACACCAGUGUGCUGAGAGAAGAAAUUGUGGAUCAGUACCCCAGUUUGAAAAGAGAAAGCGAAAAAAUCAGAGAAAACUUCAAGAAGGAAAUGAAAAGUAAAAAGAGCAAAACCUCAUUAUUUAAAUUACUUAAAGUAAAGUUUGGGAAAAUGACGAGAAACUCCACCCCGAUCCGAGUGCACAACUUUCUUUCUCUUGUCGGUAACUCGGUGGGGUACCUGUCAUGGGACAACAAUGGAAAUAAGGGUUGUGCCACCUGCUAUGUUUUCAAAGAGUUGUUCAUUUUCACCUGUCGACACGUAGUAAGUGACUUUAUGGGGGAAGGAAUAGAGCCAAGUAAGUGGGCAGACAUGAUUGGUCAAUGCGCAAGGGUGACAUUUCGUUAUAACAGCUUCCCCGAGAAAGAUGAGAACUGCUUUUUCCUUGAACCGUGGUUUGAGAUAUCUGAUGCCACCCUUGAUUAUGCUGUUCUGAAACUGAAGGCAAACGGACAACAAGUACCUUUGGGACUCUAUAGUAGAAUUGCUCGUGCACCACCUACCGGGUUGAUAUACAUCAUUGGCCAUCCAAAUGGAGAGGAAAAGUCUAGUGAUGCUUGUACAGUGAUCUCUCAGUGUCAGCGAAAAAAGAAAUAUGAGGAAUAUCUUCAGGCUGGAAAGGGAGAGGGUUGCAAUUAUGGGAUGCAAUACAUCCAUAUGUGCACUCGAAAAACCUUCGAGGAAAUAGCUCACAGUCCUGAUGUGAUUACCUAUGACACCUCUUUUUACUUUGGGGCUUCUGGCUCCCCAGUGCUUGAUUCAGAAGGUUCAUUGGUGGCCAUGCAUACUGCUGGCUUCACUUGUGAUAACGAAAUUGGGUUAUCAUCUCAUGUCAUUGAAUUUGGCUCUACUCUGGAAUCCAUCCUCCUUGAUAUUAAGGAAAAACACAGACAGUGGUAUACAGAAGUAUGCAUAAGUCCGCAAGAUGUAGAAAUGGUGAGUGAUGAGGAUUGAGGAUGGUGAGAAUUAAGUUUGUUUACUAGCUUUAAGUUUGUUUAAGCUUUAACCACUUUUCUAAGCACGUGAAGACUAAUCCUAGCAGGUGGGCCAUUAUCCCUAUUUUAAAGUCAAGUAACAUGAACGACGAUGAGAUUAUGACACUAACUCUAGUGUAACUGCUGUGGGGUUUUUCCCCCCAUUUCUGUGUCUUCCUGUAAGUUCAGUUGCUUGAAGGAAGGACAUUCAUUAUGAGUGUUCAUCUCAUUAUCCCCAGUGUCUGGAAGAGGCAAGUAAGUGCUUAGAAAACGUGUGGGUCUGUCAGUAGCACAACUUAGGGCUACUGUUAAUCUUAAUUAAGGAACUAAAUGCUUGAUUGGAAAUAAUUUCAAACAAAAUCUUUAGAAUUUCCAAAAUCCUCGUAUUACUGAAACUCAGGAUAUAUGUGUUCUGAAACUCACAGGGUAAUAUCCACUCUUUUUAUAGGCUAUUAGGGCAAAGAGACUAUCUGAAAGAUCAUAUUACUUUAUUCGUAUGCCCUUAGUUUUUACCUAAUGACCUUUUUUGUUUUAGGAUCGUAUGUGUGUUGCAUUUAGUUGUUAUGUCUCCUAAGGCUCCUUCCUUGUGGCUGUUGCAGGUUCUCAGGCUUUGACCAGUGACCUUGACAGUUAGUAAGAGUACUGGUCAGGUAUUUUUGUGGGAUGUCCUUCUAUUGGAAUUUGUCUGGUAAUUAGACUGUGGUUGUGGGGUUUGGAGAGUAAAACCAGUGGGGCAAAGUACUUUUUCACUAUAUUGUAUCAAGGGUACAUAGUAUCCACCUGAGUUAUGAUUUGGUGUUGCCUUUGAUACCCUGGCCAAGAUAAUGUCUAUCAGGUUUCUCUACUGUAAAUUUACUCCUUUCCCCUCCUUUCUAUAAUGUACUUUUUGGAAGGAAGUUUUAUUCACAGCCCACACCUAAGGAGUGGGGCAUCCUUCUUCUCUUCCUUAUGUAGGGAACUCCUGGAGUCUCUACAUAAUUUAUUCACCAUGGGAGAUUUGCUUCUUCUUUCCUAUUUAUUGUACCAGUGUGGACUCAUAGAUACAUGUUGAGUUAUAAUCCAAAUUACUUUGUUGUAUUUCUCAGAUUGUUCCUGCUUUGGUCAUUGGGAGCACUUUCAUUUGGCUCUGGUGCCCUCUUUGACAUAUUCCCAAGAGUGUGUUGUGUUUGUUUCCUGGUUUUUCUAAGCACUUUCUUAUGUUGUGGUCCUACGAGAUGCUCUAGGCUCCUCUUGUGUAUUACCUGACCCAGUUGCAUCAUCAGCCAUUUCUAGGAGCCUUUGGUUACUUUUAUUGGAGAAGUGUAUUUGAAAUCAACAUCUGGGCACUAGGUAUGCUUUUGCGAGUGGGGUAUUAUUUCUUCUACGCCCGCUCAGCAGACAAAGCAAAGGAAUACGUGUGUGUAUUAACUCCUGUAUAGUCAGCCUCCCCAGCUUAUUCUUGGUUUCACUUUCUGGGGCUUCAGUUACCUGGGGUCAACGGCAGUCAAGAAGCCAAUGAUCUUCCUUCUGACUUAUUGCCAGAAGGUCAAUGGUAGCCUAAUGCUGCAUCACAAUGCCUAUGCCAUCCACCUCCCUUCGUCUCGUCAGGUAGGCACUUUACAUCAUCAUAACGAGAAGAGGGAAGAGUACAGUACAAUAAGGUAUUUUGAAAGGUAGACGGUAUUUACAUAGCUUUUAUUAUAGUACAUUAUUAUAAUUGUUCUAUGUUAUUAUCAGUUAUUGUUAAUCUCUUACUGUGCCUAAUUUAUAAAUUACACUUUAUCAUAGGUAGGUGUGUACAGGAAAAAGCGUAUCUAUAUAGGGUUUGGUACCGUCCCCUAGGGGAUCGUGGGAUAUAUACCCUGCAGAUGAGGGGUGGGAGGAACCACUGCAUAUAUGCAUAUCCACAAACAUUUCUUUAAAAAAUUUUUUUUUAAUGUUUAUUCAUUUUUGAGAGAAAGAGACAGAGUAUGAGUUGGGGAGGGACACAGAGAGAGAAGGAGACACAGAAUCUGAAGCAGGCUCCAGGCUCUGAGUUGUCAGCACAGAGCCCGAUGUGGGGCUUGAACUCAUGCCCUGUGAGAUCAUGACCUGAGCCAAAGUCAGACGCUCAACCAACUGAGCCCCCCAGGUGCCUUUCUACAAACAUUUCUAUAUGUAACUGCCUGUAUGUACAGUAAGUUAAACAUUCUUACCGAUGUCUCCAACUCCAGUACCACCUGGAUCAUUUUUGCCUCCUGCCUUGGUCAUCUGUGAAGUCCUAGUUCAACAGUGAGAAACGUGGCUCCUACCAUCCCCCACCCAUUGACUUAACUGCUUAAUUCAGUUUUCAUGCAGAGCAGUAUCAGAGUUGUUCACCUGCAGCAGGACAGGAAAAAAUGAGUACAGUGUGUGUUUAGUCUUAUAGACUCACUUCCAAAGUUCCUGGGGUCAGCACCUUUCCUGCCACGCCCUUCAGUGAGGUGUUUUUGUACAUUUGUAGUGCAGUUAGAUUCUCUUGUCAAAGUCUCCAUGCUUUCCUUUCAUCUCUCAACCUAAGUGACUUUUAAAAUUUGCGUACAUUAAGGUUCACUCUUCAUGCUGUAUGUUCUGUGGGUCUUAACAAGUGCAUAAUGUCAUGUAUCCAGCAUUAUGAUAUUAUACGGAAUCAUUUUAGCAGCCUAAAAGUCCCCUCUGCUUCAGCUGCUCAACCCUGCCACUCCCCUGAACCAGUGGUGAUCACUGAUCCUUUUACUGUGUUUAUAGUUUUGCCUUUGCCAGAAUGUCACUUAAGUGGAAUCAGAUAGUAUGUAGCCUUUUCAGCUUGACUUCUUGCACUGAACAAUAUUCCACUAAGGUUCCUCUACAUCUUUUCGUGGCUUGAUAGCUCAUUUAUUUUUUUUUGCCACUGGAUAAUAUUCUGUUCUAUGGAUAUACCACAGUUUGUGUAUUCGUUCACCUUUUGAAAGAUACCUUUUGCUUCAGUGUUUGGUGUAUAUGAAUAAAGCUGCUAUAAGUAUUUGUGUACA